UUAGCCGCUACUGUUUACCACUUAUUUAGCCACUCAGCUGCAGCUAGCUUAAAUGUUACCUGUCACAGUUAAGGUCAUUAAGGCAACUAUUGAUUAGUGGAUAAUGAACGAAUGAGGUGAACCAAGCUAGCAAUGCGUUUAAUGUAUUGAAUUAAAAACGGAAGUUAUAGUUAGGUAACGUUAACCGGUUAGCUAACUGCUAACAGCAGUUAGCACUGGUUGUCUCUGGACCCUCCUGAUCUGAACUCAGUUAUAGGCAACUGCCUUUUUUAGAUAAAACGUCUAUUACUACAUUGUGUUUGAAGAUGGACAAGUUUGUAGUGCGUCUUCCAAAGGGGGAAACACCUACAAAACCUAAAAGCACCGAAAAGGUUUACAAACAAACUACAAUUGAAUCUUUACGGAGGGUGGUUGUGAUUGAGGACAUCAUGCGCUACAAGUCCAUGUUGGAGCUGCCAGACCAGAGCAAAGACAACCUGCUGACUGCCCUGACAGAGCUGAGCAAGAAGAUCCCAUCCAGGGAGGUGCUCAAGUCCACUAAGAUAGGUCACACUGUCAACAAAAUGCGGAAGCAUCUGGACCCUGAGGUGAGCUCAAUGGCAGCAAAGGUUUACACUGACUGGAGGACGUUCAUUGAGGAGAAUUCCAAUAAGCCGUCUAUUGAAGUGCGCUCUGACAAACAAUCUGAAGGACUCAGGAGCAACGCUAGAAGACUAAUGUCUGAGGCCCUCGAGGUCAAGGAGGACUCUGGUCUUAUAGACAACAUCGAGAGAGAAGUGUUUCACCAGAGCUCCCGGUUAGUCAGCAGUUCAUACAGACGGACUGUUAGAGCGCUGGUGUUUGCCUUCAAACACAACCCUGAUGUUAGAACACAAGUGAAGGACAGCACAAUAUCAGUCAACCAGCUGGUUUCUAAAUACAAGAAGUGACUGAUGAUGAAUUACGCUGAGCUUCCCACUGCAUAUUGAAGAUUUCUGGUUGUUUUACUUGAAAUAUGUCAUGGUUUUAUGAUGAAUACACAUUUUCUUUGUAUUUUUUUAUUUUUCUGUAAAGGAGAUACAAAAUACUUUGCAUUUUUGUGGCACAUCAGCAGCCUUACACUGUUUUACAAAUGCAUGUAAAUCACAGUUGAGAAUAUGUAACUUAUUGUUGAUGAUCAUGAUAAUGAAUCAGCAUUUUUUAUUUGAUAGGUGCUGUUUUUAUAAUGUUGGUGAGAAUUUUUAUACAAAAUACAAUUGAAAAACAAGACA